GAGAGGGAGAGAGGAAAAGAAAAAAGAAAAAGGACAGUGACUCGAUUCUGAUUUCUUUUGUGGAUGCUGGACUUUCCACUCUGUCUCUCCUCUUUUAACCUUUGCUUCUUCAGUCUGCUCCUUUUCAGUUCCUCAAGAAAAUCCGGCAGGUACUUUUCCAGGACACGCGCUGCGAGACCUCCUCAGCUGCCGCCCCGCAUUCGAGGAUAACGCGAUUCAGUUUGUCGAAUGCAUGUCCGCUGCUGUGUGCCUGUGGGCUCCCCGGCGCGUGUCGGUGUGAAAGAGGAGAUUAAAGCAUCCCCGCCGUGCAACCUUUGUCCGUGAAGAAGCAACCAAGCCAGCAACUGGAAUUGGGAUAAACCGGGGGGGAAAUCAAUAUCUUUCUAAGGUCUCUGGCCGCAUCCCCACCCCCGAAAAAAAACCUCCCCCUCUCCUUUCUCUAGUUAAAAGUGAGAGGCAGGGAGGGGGACGGGUAGGGGAAAUCCCUGUGGAUCGUGGGAGCCUGGAGAGAUAACGUGACAGAUGAGAGAAUAGGAUCCUUCUCUGCCUAGUAUGCGUGGCUCCGCUGGUCCUUCCUGGAAGCUUGCUACGUCUGAAGGGAACCUUACCCAAUAACGGGAAAAAAAGGAAAAAAAAGAAAAAAAAAACCACCCACCCAAACCAGCUCCUGGGAUCUAGCAGCGGUUGGUUUCAAUUGCUGGCUCGCUCCUGUGCUGCUCGGCUGCUUAACCCAUUCCUCGCCCGUUCCAUUGUGGCGCGCAACUCCCACUUUGGAAGCAACUCUUCGCUUUCCUCGCGCUCCCUCUUUCCCUUCCCUGCAGCUAAGUAGGAUGGGGACUUUGGCAUCAUGAAUCCGAUCCUUUUUUCCCGGCUGGAAUUUGAACUGCCCGGCCCGUAGUUGCUCCUAUUCUUCUUUCGGGGAUUUUGCCCAGUGCGCUUGACCAUGCAGGGCACUGCUCUGCGAACAGCACCAGGACGCUGUCCCGUGUGGACCCUGUGGAUGGGCUCCCUCGUCUGGGGAUGUAUCGUAAGCUCGGCGCGGAGUUCUUCCGGCGCGGAUUUGCCGGCCUCCUCGUCCGCCUCUUCGCAGGUUCAGCAAGAGCACCAUUUCCAUGGCAGCAAGCACCACUCCGUGCCUAUUUCUAUCUACCGUUCGCCGGUCUCCUUGCGGGGAGGACACGCUGGAGCGACAUACAUCUUUGGGAAAAGUGGAGGCCUCAUCCUGUAUACUUGGCCAGCAAAUGACAGACCCAGUACAAGAACAGACCGCCUUGCUGUUGGGUUCAGCACGACAGUAAAAGAUGGCAUCUUGGUACGGAUUGACAGUGCCCCUGGCCUUACUGACUUUCUACAACUGCAUAUAGAACAAGGCAAGAUUGGUGUAGUCUUCAAUAUUGGCACAGUAGAUAUCUCUAUCAAAGAAGAGAGCACUCCUGUGAAUGAUGGCAAAUACCAUGUUGUGCGUUUUACCCGAAAUGGUGGUAAUGCAACACUUCAGGUGGAUGGCUGGCCGGUGAAUGAACAUUACCCUUCAGGAAACACUGAUACUGCGUUCCAAUUGGUAAAACAGAAAAUCCCCUUCAAAUAUAACCGACCCGUAGAGGAAUGGCUGCAGGAAAAAGGACGACAGUUAACGAUCUUCAACACCCAGGCUCAAAUAGCCAUUGGAGGAAAAGAUAGAGGGCGUCUCUUCCAAGGUCAGCUUUCCGGUCUUUAUUACAAUGGCUUGAAAGUCUUGAAUAUGGCAGCAGAAAACAACCCAAACAUCAAAAUCAAUGGAAGUGUUCGGCUGGUUGGUGAAGUGCCAUCUAUUCUGGGGACAGCUCCCACAACCUCUAUGCCACCUGAGAUGUCCACCACUGUCAUGGAAACUACCACUACUAUGGCCACUACUACAACACGAAAAAAUCGCUCCACACCUACCAUUCAGACAACAGAUGACCUUGUUUCUUCAGCAGAAUGUUCUAACGAUGAUGAAGAUUUCAUUGAAUGCGAGCAGAGUGUAGGUAAGCCAGGAGGUGAAUUAGUUAUCCCUCUUCUUGUAGAAGACCCUUUAGAUACCCUUCCUAUUACUACUCGUGCACCUUUCAUUACACUCCCCACUACCUUCCGUCCCCUCCUCACCAUUAUUGAGACCACCAAAGAUUCCCUGUCCAUGACCUCUGAGGCGGGGUUACCUUGCUUGUCGGACCAAGGCAGCGAUGGUUGUGAUGAUGAUGGCUUGGUGAUAUCUGGGUAUGGCUCAGGGGAAACUUUUGACUCUAACCUACCCCCUACUGAUGAUGAAGAUUUUUACACCACCUUCUCCUUGGUAACAGAUAAAAGUCUUUCCACUUCAAUCUUCGAAGGUGGCUACAAAGCACACGCACCCAAGUGGGAAGCCAAGGACUUUAGACCUAACAAAGUCUCCGAAACUGGUAGGACUACUAUCACAGCUUUGUCCCCUGAGCUGAUCCGCUCCACAGCUUCGUCCUCGACUGGGAUGGUGCCCAAAUUGCCAGCUGGCAACAUGAAUAACCGUGACCUCAAACCCCAGCCUGAUAUAGUCUUGCUUCCGUUGCCCACUGCCUAUGAGCUAGACAGCACAAAACUGAAGAGCCCGCUAAUAACUUCCCCCAUGUUCCGUAAUGUGCCCACAGCAAACCCCACGGAGCCAGGAAUCAGACGGGUUCCGGGGGCCUCAGAGGUGGUCCGUGAGUCGAGCAGCACAACGGGAAUGGUCGUCGGCAUUGUGGCUGCUGCUGCCCUCUGCAUCCUGAUCCUCCUGUAUGCCAUGUACAAGUACAGGAACAGGGACGAAGGGUCCUAUCAGGUGGACGAGACGCGGAACUACAUCAGCAACUCAGCCCAGAGCAAUGGCACGCUCAUGAAGGAGAAGCAGCAGAGUUCAAAGAGCGGCCACAAGAAACAGAAAAACAAGGACAAAGAAUAUUAUGUGUAAAAACAAACAAACAAAAAAAUACAUAUUUAUAUAUAAAUAUAUAAAUAUUGAAUGAGCUAUAACUGAACCAAAACUGUUGCAGCCAACGAGAUUGGGAGCGACCCUUUGUGGUUUGAGACCAAUGUCGAGCAUAAACAUUUCAGUCGUUGACUGCUAAGUUUUCAGUCACUGCUUGGAGUCCCCAAACUCUGCCCUCCUGUAUUAUAAAGCACACGUCGUGUUCAGAAAAAGGCCUCCCCAGCAUAUCCAUGUUGGCAGACUUAAAAGCCUUUCGAGCUCCUCCUCAGCUGAACUGUUCUGCAAGGGCAGAAGACUUCAUGGCUUACUUGUUUCGUAUCUCCAAGUGAGUCUUUAAUGAUGUUCACAAUCUUUGACUGUACGCUAUUUUUUUUCCAGUUUAUUAUUUUAAAAAAUAACAAAAAAUAGAAAAAGAAAAAAAGUGGAAAUGUUAGAAACAAAACAGAACAACUGAUCUGGCCAUGUCCAGCCCGAGUAUCAUUUUUCAAGAUGUGAGGGGGAAAGAAAUAAUAAUAAUAAUAAUAAUAAAUGGUUUGGGGUUUUCAUUAUAUUUUUUGUCUGAGUUUUUUUCAUUUUCUGUGAGAGGUUUUGGGAGAAUGAGCCAGGACAUAAGUCAAGAAGAAAUCUUGGGGAAAAAAAUAUCAUAAAUAAAGACUGUUGCCAUAUAUGAACUCAAGUUCUAUCCACAGUGUUUGCUCUACAUAUCAGGUUGUGUUGUCUCUUGAAUCUGUUGUCUGCAGUAAGUUGUUAACAUAAAAAACAAAGGUGAGGAAAGGGCAGUGAUGGUGAUCAUGCUGAAAAUGAUGGUCAUGGAAAAUUGAACAGCCCCAGAUACUGGCUCUAAUAUUUGAAAGCAUAGUCAUAAGAGGAUAACAGUUUCUUCUUUGACUGGGAGCCCCUAGCCAUGUCUGACUACCAUUUGCUCAACUAUGGGGAAAAAGAAAAAGAAUUUCAAAAUCAAACCAAAAUAGUUAUUCUGAAUUGAAUAAUCCAAGCAAAAAUAAAGGAGCCAUUGUCUGGUUCCUUGGCUGAUGACACUGAGUGAAUGCAAGGAGUAGUAAUCAACUGAAUAAAGUCUUUAGAAAGAUUAUAGAGUUUGUCUUGUGACAAAACCAUAUGUCAGACAAGUAAAAAAAUGUUAUGGAGGAUUACAAAAUAGGGGUGUUUUUUUAAAAAAAACAAAAUCAUGACGGUAUGUUUCAUAUGUGACAAUUUAAUUUUGUAGAUUGACAUUUCUGAUUUGCUGUCCUUCCAUUUGCCCUAUUCUCCCUUUCCCUUCACUUUUAUAUGAAAGAAGAUAAAUUUAAAAAGUCCUUAUGACACACAGAAAAAAAGGAGCUUAUUAAUAGUAUAAUAUAUAUAAAUAAAUAAAUAUAAAUAUAAAUAUAUAUAUAUACAGACACAGAUAUAUUUAUCAUGGUAUGUUUGAUGGGACGACUGGAACAGAAAUGCUGUUAAAAUCUUAAUAUGAAAUGAGACUGUUGUAAAGAAAAAAUGUUUUUACAAAACAGCAAAAAUCUAAAUUUUAAAAAAUGUGAAGAGAGUGUGCAUUUUAACCUUGUCACAGUUACCUGUGUCAAAAAAACAACAACAACAACAACCAUUUUCAGACAAAAAAAAUUUUGUUUACAUAUUUUACUACAAUUCUUUUUUUGGCUGGUGUAAUUUCUAGAUGGGUACCCUGAUGUACAUAUAAUGCUCUGAGAUUUCAUUGGGUUGUUGAUUAUAUUCAGUGUACUUAAUUUUGUUUGAUUGUCUCUCUUUUUUUAAACUCUUCCAUUAUUUUUUUAAAAAGAGCAACUUACUGUACAGUAAAAAUGACCAACUGGUGUUUUCUGGCCACAAAUAUCAUGUGCAAAAAUAACAAUAUAAUAAUAAAGAAAGCAAACAAGAAAGACAGAUUGAUAGAAACAGGGAAAACACACAACUUAGAGGACUCUGGCAAACAAAAAAUGUACAAUUUUCCUGUGUACAGAUGAAAUCUAAUCAGCUGUUUAGGUUUAGAAAUCUACUCUUGCUGGUGUUUAUAAGUCGCAUGAAUCUUUGAAGACGUGUUAUCUAAUGCACACGUGCACAUGGGAACAAUAAAAAGAAGGCAGUCUUCUCAUAUGCUUUGAGAAGAGGCUUACCUGGCUAACAAAUCUUUUUGGUGUGUGUGAGGUUUGUUUUGUUUUCUUUGGUUUAAUUUUCAAUUAUUUUUUUACACUACAACA